AUGGACGCCUCCUUCGCCCGCCUCAAGGCCUUCGCCGCGUCGUCGACCGGCAGCCGGCCGCCGUCGCCGCCCAUGACGGCCCGCAGCUCAGGGGAAUUCAGCAUCCCGACCCGCCCCAGCAGCACCAAGAUCUCGACCCCCGGCUUCUACCGCUUCCCGCCGCUGGGCUACAACGUCAAACCGCAGCAGGACGGCACCUACACCGAGUCCGAGAGUGACCGGGUGAACAGCGACUUUAAACGCGGCUUGGAGAAGCUUUACGAGGGCCGUUUCGAGAACCACAACUGGAGCGACCUGAUCCUCCGCUGCCGCGAAUACACCUUUUACCUGCACCGCGUCGUCCUGGGCCCGCAAUCCGACUUCUUCGCAAACUUAUUACACCCGGACUCGCCCAUCGGGGGCACCGGCGUCAUCUCGCUGGACGACGACGAGCCGAUCCUCGUCGACGGCCUCCUCGGCUACUUCUACACGUCGCGGGUGCAAAAGUCCUCGGUGAUCGACGGCGACCUGAUCUGCAGCGACCCGGGCCGCAGCAUGGCGUACGCCGUCGGCCUGUACGGCAUCGCCGAGAAGUACCAAGUGUCGGAGCUGAAGGAACAAGCCUGGCGCGCCUUCAUGGACGACGCCGUCCGCCAACAGGGUUGGCGCCACCCGGACUUCCCGCAGGUCGUCUCGCUCAUCUUCGAGAGCACCCCCGAAAGCGACAAGCGCCUGCGCUGCGUCGCCCUCGCCAUCGUCAAGACGCGCCUCAAGUACUUCACGCGCAACCCCGCGUUCGUGGAGGAAAUGGACGGCAUCGAGGGCUUUUGGGCGGCGUUCGCGCAGUACUCGGCCACCUGGCCUUGGAUGGAGCUGUAUCGCUGCCAGACGUGCGGAGAGGUCAUGAUGAACCUGCCGUGGGAGGAGGACGAGCGCAGCCCGUCGUGCUGGGGCUGCCACGCGGUGGAUGACCACAAGACGUGGCGCGCUAAUAUGGUAAAGUACGAUCCUAACGAGGAAGAAGAAAAGGAAGAGGCCGAGAGGGCCGCCAAGAGGCAGAGGAUGGAUUGA